AAACAAUGUAAAUUGAACACACCCAAAAUACCUGUCUGAGGUGAAAAUAACAUUUUAAAAGGUGAAAAUUUAACAAAAUGGGGGAUAGACAGUAUCAUCUCAAGUUUGACUCUUCCAAGGCGGCUGGAGUGGACGCCUAUCUUGAAUAUAAAAGAAUAGUAGGUGAUGAUGAUGGAGGUGUUUUGUUUACACCAGACCAAUAUGAAGACUACAAGAAAAAAGUUCUACCAAUGCGAAUGAAAAAUAGACUAUUUACAAGUUGGAGUUCUCCAACUGGAAUGGAUUGUAAACUGAUUGGUCCAGAAACUAACUGUUUCUGUAAACACAGAUACAAGCAACAUAAAACAGAUUUUGAGAAGAUACCGUCCACUAGACCUAUAUUACUACCUUGUAAGGUUAAAGGUUGUAAAUGUAGUUCUUAUCAUUAUGUACCAUUAAACGGGGGACAGUCUAUCAGAUGUACGUGUAAACAUCCGGCAGAUGAACAUUCAGAAGUUCCUCCUUUUGUCUGUAAAAAAGCCGCCUGUAUGAAAUGUAUAGGGUUUAAAAGUUCGUUUACAUGUGGUUGUGCUGCACCAUUCUCUGAACACACUAUGGUGGUAGAAACAGUUGAUGAAAGAGUUGAAAGAGGUCAUCCUAUUGGACAAGCUACACCUUAUGCUGCUAUGGGAGGAAUAACUGGUUUCUCUUCAUUGGCUGAAGGUUAUCAGAGAUUAGACCCCAGUGGUAGAGGUGCACCAUCAGAAGAGUUUUUAAACCAAGCUAUCACCUCAGCUGAUAAUCCAUUCCUCAGAGCUAAUGUCCAUUCUAUUAAAGCAUCACAGAUGGCCAGGGGACAGAAUCCAAACCAAGGUAAAAGGAUUUCAACCUGCAUCAACAGACCAUGCUUACUCUUUUAG